ACGUCCGUGUCAAUAACUUCGAAGAUGGCAUCAUUAGGAGCUGAAUUCUUGGAUUAAUUUGUUUUAUUAUUUUCAUUAUUGGUCAAGAUUUCCUUCGUUUCCUCCUGACUAAGUCGUAGACAUCAGAUAUUUUCUGCUCAAAUUUAAUGUCAUCCAUGUCAUCUUCACGCAUUUCCGUCGUCUCUCUUUACCUCGAUUCUCGCAGGCCUUUCGAAAAUCAUUACCAACUUUGUUCUUAUUAUAUUAUAAUUACUUUCUACCGAGGUAUGGCGUGUUAAGCUAGUGAAAAAAGGACAGACCGUCAACAAAUCUAAUACAAGUCCGUCAUUAGUCCGGUGUGGGCGGAUUGCCAGGAGACAAAAUUUUAUAUUCAAGCAUUGAUCAGUUAUGGCCUUUGGGCAGAGAGCUUGAUACUCUGUCUGGUUCGAAAUUCUCGUUUCGUUUCUCUAUCAACAACCGAAGUAUCACAUGAUACUAUUAUUUAGAGAUUGAUUUCGAGGCGAGGCCACUUUUUGCAGACGAAACCGCAAAUAUGAAUCCGGCAUCUCGGCCAAGGUAAUUGAAUUUACUGAUGAAUUUUUUUUGAAAACUAAAAAAUUAAACAACGGAUCCGGAAGAAAAACAGUGCUAUUCUUUUUCCAGAUUAUACCAAUUGAUCUAAGUCAGUUUUCGCAAGGCAUGACUUUUCUUUUCAUGACAGAUUUUAAAAUCAAAGUCUACGUCGCAUCAAAAGCUUGAGAUUCGAGACGUAAGGAAACAACGAACAUUCAUCAUUUGGUGCAGUACACUCGCCAAGCCUCCAAGCGUCCCAUGCUCUUUGUCGGUCGUGCUCACUCAAUGUCACAAAUUUUUAGAGGAUCUCUGAACGGCUGCUAGAUGCAAAACUAAGAGUAACGAACGGCAGGUUUGACGACAAUUUCUUGCCGGGUUGAAGGGUACAGCUGUUAACACACCGAAUCAGCCAAUCGGAGGUCAAGUUGACCUGGUCAGCGGCACCUAACCGCUGAACCGUACCGGCUGUAAACAGUUGUCAAACAGUUGUGCUUUUCUUCCGUGACAAUGGUGGAUGGUUCGAGAAAACUCAUGCUGUAAUUCGGCGAAGUGACGCUACUAGAUUUACUCGAAGGCUUAGCCUUCCUGCAAGCUCACAUGCUUGUCUGACUAGUGAGUUUUAGGCGGUCAUGAUAUUACCUUGCCGUAUCGACAGGGGUCCAUUUGCUGUUUGGUUUGAUUCCUCCAAUGGCUAACAAUGAUGAUUGCAAGGUUGUAGCAUCGCUUCUUCCGUGCGGCACACAAUUGUCCCCAGAAUGGAAAGCGAUCACGACAACAGAUCAAAGGAUCUAUUUUGUCAAUCGCCGCACACGAUCAAGCCAUUGGUUUCCACCUCCCGAAUUCUGGGUCAGUAAACUUGGCCUUCCGUACGGCUGGGAAGCGGCUUUAGACCACCAAAGCAAGAAAUACUACAUAAACCAUUUGACAAGAACAACAACAAGAGAAGAUCCAAGGUCAGAAGCUGAUCAAGCAGCUCAUUUUCACAUGACCCCACCACAGGCCAGGAGGAUUGAACUUGUUAGAGAUGCAAAAAUUGGAUUUGGGUUUGUCGCUGGUAGUGAAAAACCCGUUGUGAUACGGUCUGUCAUACCAAACGGACCUUCCGACGAGAAGCUCUUCGCCAAUGACCAGAUCCUGAAGGUGAAUGGACAAGACGUCAGAGAUGCAGCACAAGCUGAUGUCAUUAGUCUCAUCAAGAAUACGGUUGGUCGUAUUGAGUUGGAAGUUGUGGCAAGUGAAGAUGUGCAAGAUUCGAAAAAUCAGCACAAUCGGAAGUCAUCCCUCAUGAGUCGAACCACUCGAGAGCGUCGUCGGUCAACCCCAGUCUCCGUGCGGUUCGCAGAUGAGCCCGCUUUGGUGCAGGUCAUCGGUCCAAUGGAACCUGUUAGAAGAUCUUCAGUGCCACUUAUCCCAAACGUCUUGAAAGUGUUCUUGGAAAAUGGUCAGACGCGUUCUUUCCGCUACGAUUCCAACACAACUGCUGAGGAAAUAUUCUGUUCAUUUAGCUCAAAACUCGACGUGAAGUUGAUGGAACACUUUAGUUUGGUUCUCACGGGACCAAAGAAAGGACAGAUUUCAUACAUACAAAACAACGAGAAGAUUGCUGAGAUUUACACUAACCGAAACUGCAGCAGUGUGAAUUGUUUGUGCAAGCUUAACAUCGCUUUUGUGCCCAAGGACCACUUUGAGCUACUUUCACAGGAUCGCAACACCUUUGAAUAUCUCUAUGCUCAGGUUACCAACAGGGUAGUAGAAGGUUUCUAUGGAAUGGAUCUGAAGUACGACCUGGCUAUCAAGCUGGCAGCUUUACAAAUUCAGCAAAAGGUUAUAGAGGCAGCCGCUGGACGACCAGUUAAAAUCUCUGUACGACAAGUGGAAAAGGAAUUCGGAGGACUUGCAAAAUUCGUUACGUCAGAUCUCUUGCACAACAUGAGGGAGAAAGAACUGCGAAAAAUUCUUGAUCAACAGAUAAAGCAGAACGAGAAUCUCGCCUCUCCGGGAGAGAAAUACAUGAGCUCUUUACAGUGUAAAUUACAUUAUUUAAAUCUUUCUGCAGAGAUGUUUUCUUAUGGUGGAAGGUACUUUGAUGCUGAGCUUGUUGAUAAUGACAACGAAGGACCAAGUCUCAAAAAGACCAAGAAGCAACAUAUAACGGUACUUAUUAACCUAAAGUAUGGAGUGAGUCAAGUUGUCAGAGGAAAGGUUAAUGUUUUGUGUCAAUUGGCUGAGUUUCACGAGAUCACAGGAUUUGCGAUUCGUGUUCACGAGGACAACAAACGGUUACUACGUAUAAAGCUACAGGAGGACAAGAAGAUACAAUUGAUUUGUACCACCCUGGACUGUCUGGACAUGAUAGCACUGAUCACUGGGUACUACAAAGUGUAUGUUGACAACACGAGCAACACACCUCUGCCAGUAGAGAAUGAAGAGAAGUGGCCAUUUGCUUUUCGUCGAGAUCCCCCUGUGAAUGAUGCAUUGCCAGACUUUUAUUCAAGGCAUCGCGUAGUUCCAGAUGUGUGGUCGUACCCUUCCUGCUUUCAAACGUCAAAUGAAAAGAGGAAAACACAAGUAGAGAAUUCCAAGCCAGCACAGAAAGACGUAUUUCUUGACUUGUCUAGAGCUCCGCCUAGAUUUAAUGAAACUGCUAUUUCCGAGGAGCCUGAAGAUGAUAACAUGGUCUUGGAGAAAACUGAUCAAAACCAGACAGACGAAACUACGCUACGCCGAGAGUCACCGAAUCACGAAAAUUUAUCAACGCAAAAUUUACAGUGUGACUUUGAAGCGGGCGUUUCCCAAAUGCAGCAAGAUGAUAUGUUAGAGAUUGUUAUGUCGGAUAAAGAACAGGAGCUCCUGGACACGGCGUCUUCCUUUUUGAAGAACACUUCGGAAAACAACGACGAAAUGCAGUCAGAUGCUUCCUUUGUCGGCGAUAUUGAUGCUGAAAACGAGGACUUAGUCGCGUCAGGUACGCGACAUCAUGUCUUUGAGAAGGAAAACCUGACCAUAAAAUCAGUAAAAACAGCACCAGCUGAGCACAGAGACGAUAAUCACGAGGACUUGAUUUCAGAGCUAAUUCUUGCAGAAGAAAUUUGGCAAGAGGAAGAAGCAGGUACUGUGCUUGCUGAUGAACACGAAGAACAUAUCGAAGAUACAAGCACUUUUAGCACAUGUACGACCCAUGAGGGCGACAGCUCGGCAGCAGUGGGGAUAAACUCUGAAGAGACCAGUACUCAGGUGGACAACACUGUUGAUGAGCAAAAUUUUCUUGAGCUUGUGGUGGCAGAGCCUCUACAGCUGUCAACUAAAAUCGACCACAGUACUCAUUCAGAACGUACGCUGGUAGAGAACAACGAUCUAAUUGUUUCUUUGCCCUCUGAUGGCCACUCUCUUGGGACAGCAGACGUGAAUCACAACUUCGUCAUUAAUAGCAUCACGAAAGCCGCUCCCGUUACAGACGAGAGCGCGUAUACAGAGCCAGUAGUCUUUGACGCAGAUGGGACUUCCCAUUUGGGUCUAUCUGUACAACACGAUCCACUCACCCACACAGAACCCGUCGAAGACCGAAGUACAACUCCUUCUCCAGAGGAUUUGGGGUGGGAUGAUAGAAAAUUUGACAGUCAGGGAAUUGAAUUGGCAGAUGUUCUGGAACAUGGUGCUACGCCAGAGGGGUUUGCUGAGGUUGAAAGUGACGCGGAGAAGCCUGCUUUGUUAGAUGGAAUACGUUCCGACGGAAAAGGAAGUGACUCGACAGUAGCUUUUUAUGAUUCUGACGAGUUUGAGUUAACAAGUGACUCGGGUUCAGUUAGGGACGGCAUUGGCGUUGAUAGCAAUCCUGAUGAUCUGGACAAUUUUGCAGAUAGUGUAGCCACCCACAUGGUUUGUUUGGAGUUUGACGAAAAUAGUGAUACAGAGACGGAGUCAACUAUGUCCGACGAGGAUGAAUCACUGUGGUCAACAUUUCCAGAGUACUUCCAUCCAAGUAGGCGGUUAAGGUAUUCGAAUAACAAGCAAGCCGAACUCUUACUAGCUGAAGAGGAUCAAGAUACAGAUGGCUUAGUUUCUACGAAAACCGAUCGAGAGGUGGCCUUAGUCGACGUCAAAGAGUUAAGCACAGCAUACAAGAGUAAUUCCAAGGACACCGUAGUUGCCGGUGAGAAGCAGGACGGUGGUUCUCUUACUGAUGAUUCGGAGGAACUCUCGACAGCGUCUUCAGAGAGCUUCGAAUAUACCUAUGAAGUAAACGCUGAAUUUCCAUCUGAAAGCGAGGAAGUGAGUGAGGAUAGCGGUUAUGUCAAUUUAAUAGGGAAAAAGGAAAGACGAAUUCAAGAAAUCUGUGACGAAAAGAAAGACACUAAUUCGUUUUCUCCACAUGAUGUGAUGGUAGCACGGGAUAAGUGUAUCAGCGAUAUAUGUGACGUUCCUCUCAGUACUCUGUCUGACCCGAAUGACAAAAUUUCAAAGGUUGAUCGACCCAUGGCAUUCUCAUCAGCUGAAAUAACGUCUCUACUAGACCAAGAGAACGCUUCACAAAAGAAAGAAUGUGCAGAAAUGUCGAUGGACAUUUCGGAAAAACAAUUACCAAGAACUUUGUUGGAAUCUAGACAUGAAAAUGGAAGUUCUUGCUUUUUCGUUGACGACCCGUUAAAAGAUGCCCUUCUGGAAAAGACAGAAGUUCUCUCCGAAGAGUGGAGAUCGUUAAACUAUUCCGAUAAAGAUAAAGGAAGGAUACUAGAUAGAGACUUCUCCCCCUCAGACUGGAUCAUACCAUCCCCACCGAGUCCUACACAUGAGCUCCAGGAAGCUGAUAUUUGUGUCGUUGCUCCGCCUCCACUCUCUCCAACGUUGAUUGAAGACGAUUUAGAUGCUGAAUUGAAACACCUGAUUGUUCCUCCUCCUCCAUCUUCUGCGGAUACUUUACCAAUCGUUUCCGGAAUCAGGAUUGUGUCUCCACCACCAUUAGAAGUCAAUGACAAUGAAUUGGACCAUUUAUUAUACGAUUACGAUGACAUUAGAUUUCUCUCGCUGACUGAUGAUCACAAAAUUGCAAAGAACAAUGUUUUGUUUUCAGCACAAAACUUCGAUUCGAAUGUUACUGAAGAUAAGAAAAUCCAAGCUCAAAAGAUCAAGGCCGAUGCAUCGUCUAUAUCUAGAGAGGGAGUCAGUGGGAAUAAAUCAAUUGGUACGUCAAGCACAGAAAACAGCAUUUUCGACUCAAGUGGAAACUCACGCAAUGCAGUUCAAGCUUCAGUCGAGCAGAGUUCAACAAUGAAUGUUUUCACGACUCCUUCAGAGUCUUCUUUACCAAAUCCUUUGAAGAAUUGCUCAGUUGCCGUGGAUGAUUCACCUACUACAUGGAAGCGAUUUCAAAAAGAGAAGCGUAUAUCAGACGACCAUCUAAACAAAGACAAUAUCAGAGGCAAGAGCAAAAACCCAAUGAAGACAACCGAGCUGAAUUCAUUAUUCAACUCUGGACAGGGAAACAUAUCUGUUGAAAACCGCUCCAGGUUUCCUUUGAAACAAAAGCCUCCUCUUCCUCCGAAACCUCGUAUUUUCCGGGCAACAACAGACGAUGGGAUGUACGACAGUGUUAAAUCUAGUAACGUCAAAGUUCAGGAUUCGGCUGAUACGGGCGUGAAAUGGGAUUCAGAGUCAUCUAAAAACACUAGCUUCUUAAAGAAGAAGUCCUCUGCAAAACUCAAGUCUUCACGCCCAACGUUGCUAGGUGCAGAUGAACAAGUCACAACUCUUGUCUCUUGCGGUGACAUGUCUGCCCUGGAUUCUCAAACCACUACAGAGGACAUUACAUCCAGGGAGGAGGUCACCUUACCAGGCGAGAAAUAUGGCACCAGGAGAAGUUCAUCGUUUACCUGCGGAUCGCCUUACGUUCCUGCGCCACACGCAUCCUCGAGGUCUCAAAGACUAAACUCGGCUGAGUCCUCUGUAGUGAGGACCCACAAAUUUACACCUGAUACCUCCAGCUUAUUUUCAGAGCAAGCUCCCACAGUGAACUCUUCUGCAUCCGCAACAUCUACACUCUUCGCAAAAAACAAGCCCCAUUUUUCUGGUAACGAAGCGUCUUUUAGUCGACAACUGCGACCACCAUUGAUGAGACACCCUGCAUCACAUCCAUCUCUUCUUGAUUCGGAUGGCAACUUAGGCUCAAAUGCACCUGGAUAUGGUACAAGCCGUGUACUUCAACAGCCAUUAAUAGAGAGCCCAAUUUCACAGCUUUCCCCUGUUGUCCAGCAAGAGGAUAACUGUAACAAUUCAUUGACCUUACCGCCUCUGCCAGACAGUCCACCUCCACCUUUGCCAGAGUCGUCACCUCCUAAAUUGAUUCCCGAGUUCGAUACUGAGGAUUUUGACUUGGGUGAACCACUGCUCGAAACAUUUCAAGAUGAUAGUCAAAACAUAAGCGCUGAAUCAGCCACAUCCGAUCUUCCAUCCUCUGCUAAGGAAUUAAAGUCCAAGCGCUCUUUAACAUCGUUGGAUUAUAAACAAGGAGAUUCCUGUAGCAACGUUUCUGAAAGGCGAGAAAAACCACACGGUGGUAACACUUUGUCUAGAUCACUAACUCUAACGUCCUAUCCUCCAGGAAUAAACCAGCGAUCUUCAAGUGUAGUUUGGACCUCUCAUCGAGACGCUACAUUUUUUGACGGUCGGACAAAACGUUCCAGCUUUCCUUUGGAUGAGUGUUGUAACUUGAAGGAUGUUACAGCCACGGGCUUCUUAAGUUCCUCGCGGGAAUCCCAAUCUCUCAGAGCAAAAUGUUUAAACGUUUGCGAGGAAGGUCUCUCGAAGGUGAUUGAUUUGGAGAACAGGCUUGAGAUGUACUUAAAGGGAGAAGCAUCAAAACCACAAUUGUCCAACGAAGUUAAAAACUGGCCUCUGAUUUUUCAAAAUAACGCUAGGUUCUUGGCAUGUGAUAUCAAAGUUAUUUCGUCGAGCGUUAGACGUGGUAGUCCGCAGGUUGUAUCAGCCGUGGAAACCUCUUUGGAUUCUUUGGAAAAACUGACCGAGUCCUGUGAGAAAACGUGCUCAAUGCUAAAUGAAAAGUCCAAUCAAAAUGGGCGUUCUCUAGUUACUAUGGUAAGGGACGUAUUCGAGCAGUAUCGUGACAUCAUUUCCGCUGUGAGAAUCGCUUCUGGUCAGCAGCCUAAUCACCCAGAUGUAGAAGUAUUAGUCAAGAAGACUAAUGCUAUGGCUACGCUAAUUGCUUCAUUGAUACGAGAGCUGAGGAAUUACUAGUUACUGGACUGGAAUUAAUUUAAGUUAAACCCAAUAGCUUUUAAAUCAGAUUUUUUAUCUUGCAAGACUUUCAAGAACAAAUAUCGUCAUUUUGUUUUAUUUGUUAUCCUAAAUUAUUUUUUCACAUUCUCCAAAUACUUUUAUUGUUAAGUCUCUUUUCUGGUGCCAAGCAAAACUGACUUCGAAGAAAGGAAAUUUUGGAAUUGAAAUUUUUAGGAAUUUUAUACAGCUGGCAUUAGGUGUCAAAAUCGCAAGUCGUUUGAAAUUUUCCAUUUUUUAAUUUAUUGAGAUUGAACUAUUUAUUCGCAAAUUUAACAUGUGGAAAUGUUCAAAUUUAACAGCAAUUGUUAAUAUAUAAUCGCUCAUGACGGGUAAUCAAAUGUAAAAACUAUUCAGGUUCGUCAGUGAUGUAUUUAUUGGAGACUCAAUUCAUUCGGUUAAAAUCUGGUGAGAGAACAAAAAUGCGAAUAAAUCUCCAGAAAAUAACCCUGCCUUCAGUUUUUAUUAACGAUCAGUAUAAAUCUACUUGCGUUCUAUCAGGGAUGCCGUGCUCUGAUUGACUUCCCUGCUCACUAUCUAUCCUGUUGUAGACUGAGUAGCGUAGCAGUGUGCGCUCGUUAACAAGGUGUCUGUCAGGAGUAUUUAGAUAAAGUUUUGAACGACUAGUAGAUUUAUUAUACUAAAACAAUUAGAUUAUUCGCUCUCGAUUUCUAUGCGUGAUAACAAUCUCGAGCUCAUAAUCUAAUUGUUAAAGUAGAUAGUGCCGUAGCAGUGUGCCUUUGGUAUGAAAAUGGAGGCCCCUUCGUUGCGUUACUUAUCGAAGUGUUUGUGAAGAGGAUUUAGUUAAACCUUUGAACGACUAGUAGAUUUAUACUAAAACAAUUGGAUUAUUUGCUCUCGAUUUCUAUGCGUGAUAGAAAUCUCGAGCUCAUAAUCUAAUUGUCAAAGUAGAAAGUGGCUUAGCAGUGUGAGUCUGUUAUCAAAAUGGAGGCUCAUUCGGUGCGUUUUCGAAGUGCUUGUGGGGAGGAUUUAGAUAAAGUUCUAAACUACUAGUGGGCUUAUACUAAAACAAUUAGAACUGCAACUAAGUGAAGAACUGGCCUCAGUGCUAAGGCUCCUUAGCAUUGAUUCGCUCUCGAUUUCUAUGUGUAAAAGUUGACUCGGGCGGCGCCCUCGUCGACUAUCGCGCGAUAGAAAUUUCCAGCUCACAAUCUAAUUGUUAAGUAAAACUGUAGAUAUAGCUGCUUGUUUUAGCAGGUUUUAUACUUCAAAGAGUCGUAAUGAUAAAUCGAUGUUUUUGUAUUUUCCAUAUCUAAGCCAUUUGUUUUUCGGGUUUUUGUAUCUCCUAAGAUGGCUGUAAAGCAUCCUUUUUUUAAAAGCGCCUUUCUGGGAGCGCCCGUACAUUUUUCAAGAUGACGGGGAUAGAUUUCUUGCAAAGACCCAUUUUGUUACCGGUUUUCAUUCUUUUAAUAACUUUUAUAUUUCUUUUAUUCAAUGCAGGACGUUGCUUGUGGGCAAUAAAACAAAAUAAAUUAACGAACAAACAAACAUGUGCUACAUAUUACAGUUAACUGAACUUAACUCUGCCAAGAAAAACUGCUUUAUAUAACAUAGCUAAUCGCUCUUUUGUUUUACCGCGCCUUUCAAUAACACGCGAAAUAUUAAGCUAGAAACCUAACUAACAACUGCGUUUUUGGCUGCCGUCAAUCAUAACUAGGACGGUCUGCACCAAAGAUCCUUGAGAAAAAAAGCCAACAAAAUGGAUGGAAAUCUACCAAUUAACUCAUGGAAAUUAAUUUCUUGAAUCUGUUGAAGUGAGCUUCUGUUUCGUGAUAGGUCCGGCCAACAUGGUUGACGGCAGAGAAACACGAAGCCGCUUAUGCAGAGCUUGCGUGUCUCGAAAGGCGCUAUAAUUAACUGUUGAGCGAGACAUCGCAAAGUCUGCUAGCUUGAAGAAAUUUAGUUAAAUCGCUUUUGAAACUUCACGUGAAACAUUGACUAAAUUGAUAUUGUGAAUUAACAUCUAUAAAUGGACGACAUAUUAUUUUUACAUAUUGGUUUCUACUUUCUAUCAUUAGAAAUCUUAAUAUAGAGUGAACAUAGCUUUCGGUACUUUUGAAAGUGUCUUGUUUGCAGCUGUUUAUUAAUUCUUUCAUAUAUGUUUCAUUAUUAGAACAUAGCUAUUUAUCAAAGUUUGCCUAGCGCGAGUAAAUAUUAAUUUAUUCAUUAUUUUCCUGUGCGCUCAUUCUAACAGAAAACCCUAUACUAAUGGCAUAGCUGUACAGAGACCAUUAACCCCAUUUAGCCAGGGUGAACGGUGGUCGUAAUCUAUCCUUGCAAAGACAGCAUUCCGAUAGUGGUCAAACUUUGCGACUUCUCCGAAAAAUUAUCAGGCUAUAUUUUGGUGUCAAUUAUUUGACCACGUGACUUCAACCUUUGAUUUAUCGAAAUUUAUUGUUUCUUGUGUUUAAAUUUCUUUCUUCGUCCGAAUUUGGAUCUCAUGGCGAUUUUAUUCUAUAGUCUAAAUACUUCCUGUUUCUUAUAGUUUCACUGAUUUUUGGAAUCAAUUUUAGGUCUGUUCUAACGUUUUUGAAAACUUCUGAAAUUCAAAAACUUCUGGAAAGUGUCACGAACGAAAAAAAUGCUUAGGCUAAAUAGAAUUAGCUGGAUUUAUUUGCAUCAUUAGAUCAGCCACUCGCUGGCUAAGUAAUAUAAAUGAAGAAAUAUUUAGACUGUAGUAUAGUAUAUUUGGCCUGGAGUUUGUUUCCGAGUUGUCUUAUUUCACAGAGGGGGUUUUCAGCCAUCUUGGUUUACAGAUAAACCGAAAUUGGCUAU